UCCCACCUCAUCCCAACUCACCGCUAAGAGCUCCUUCCAUCUACUAACCCUCGCUCCCCCCUCCCAAUCUGUCAAAAACCAUCACAUCAAACAUUGGAAAAUCCCCGAAGAAAAUGUCUACUAGUGCCGGGAGGCUUGAGGGCAAGGCCUGUAUUGUCACAGGUGCUGCUGGUGGUAUCGGACUCGAGACUGCUAUUCUCUUUGCUCAGAAUGGAGGCUCUGUCAUUCUUGCUGAUCUUAAUGAUGUGGGACUUCAGGCAGCUAAGAGAAAGGUUGAGGCAUUAAUUCCAGGCGCUAAGUUCAAGAUAUUCAAAUGUGAUGUUAGCAACGAGGAAAACGUGAAAGCACUGGUUGCAGAAGCCGAUGAAUGGGGUGGUGUUGAUGUGAUAUUUAACAACGCUGGUAUCAUGCACAAUGAUGACGGUGAUGCUAUCUCCACCAGCGAGGAUGUUUGGGACCUCACCCAUAAAAUCAAUGUCAAAGGUGUUUGGUACGGUUGCAAACAUGCCGUCUUGUCGUUCCGCAAGCACAAGAAGACCAAGGGGUCUAUCAUUAACACCGCAUCCGUCGUGGCCCUAGUUGGGAGUGCCACGGCCCAAGUUGCAUAUACUGCCUCUAAAGGUGCAGUUUUGGCGCUUACUCGUGAAUUAGCUAUGGUUCAUGCUCGGGAGGGGUUCCGUUUCAAUUCUCUGUGCCCUGCCCCUCUUAACACGCCACUCCUUCAGGAUUUCCUCGGAGCAGAUCAAGCAAAGCGUGCUCGCCGUGAAAUUCACUUCCCCAUGGGCCGUUUCGGGGAAGCAAUCGAACAAGCACAUAUGGUGGUGUUUCUAGCAAGCGACGAGAGCAGCUUUGUAACUGGGCAGGAAAUGGUGGUGGACGGAGGAAUGACUAAGGCCUAUGUUACCCCUAAGGGCCCGGCUGUCCCACCUCCAUUGAACAAUGCUUUCGACCGGUGAUUAUGUGAUUGGGGGAUUGGGAAAAUACAGAUGUUCCCCGUAGUUAAACAUUGGUAGACCUUUUUUUUUACAGCACUCUGAUGUAGGGGCGUUCGCGGAGCUUGAAAUGGAGACCAUUUUUUCGAAA